ACUCUCGCGAGAUCUUCUCCCCGGGCGCCCCCGGAGAGACCCGGUGGUAUUUCGUCCAGGUCGGGCCUCGCCACGCCGGCCGGUAUAAAUAGAGAGCGGCGCGGACUGCAGAGGCACUCGCUCCUCCGGACUCACCUCGAGAAGAAGCUCUUCCCCCUUCUCUCUCCCAGCGACCGACGCUCCACGACUCCGCGAUGCAGCUGAUAGUCAUCUCGUGCCUGCUGGCGGCCGCCCUUGCCGCGCCCCAGGUGAGGCAGUUCGCGCCCAACGAGCCCAUCCCCAUCGUGUCGCAGACGAACGUGGUCAACGAGGACGGCUCCUUCCAGAACAGCUACGAGAGCGCUGACGGCACCCGCGUGGACUCCGCCGGCGCGCUCAAGAGCCUGGGUCCCCAGGAGGACGGACAGGCCAUCCAGGGCUCCUACUCCUUCGUCGGCACCGACGGCGUCGUCUACCAGCUCACCUACAUCGCCGACGAGAACGGCUUCCAGCCGCAGGCCAACUACCUGCCCACCCCUCCGCCCAUCCCGGAGAAGAUCCUCGAGGCGCUGGCCUACAACGCCGCCCACCCCGAGGAGGACAACCUCAAGAGGAAGUAGACGACGACGACGACGUUUCUUGUUCCCCCCACCCCCUACCCCCUACCCCCUCCCGCGCGCGGGGCGCCCAACGGCUGAGGCUGCAACCCGUCGAGAUGGUUUAGAGGUCGCUGCAAAACAUAUUUGUUGUAGUUCGCCGACGAUCAUGCUGCGUUUGCAAUGAAGGGAACCCCAUCUUGGAGUCCCCAAAAGUCUGCUUGUUAUCGACUACAAAAUAAAGAGUAUUAUUUUGCUGUUGCUUACAAUCAGUUUCAAAGCCACUACAAAAAAUGAUCUAUGUCUUGUUGCGACCACAAAACUGACUUACCCACAGCCUCCUCCACGGACGCAAGAUUCUCCUAUGGAGUAAUCAAGGUCGCUGGAUAGUCCACGCGCGGACCUGCGUUGUAAAUAAUCUGUAAAUUGUUUUUUUUUAUACGCUCUCAAUAAAAAAAAACUCACAUCAUCCAAAACCC